GGUUCCGCUGGCUGGUGUGUGCGCGGCGAGCGAGUCCUGGUGCGGCCGGCUCGGCUCCUACAGCGCCCGAGACCCCGGUCCCGACCCCAGCCGCGGCCCGGCCGCCGCCUGAACAUGGACUCCGCAGGCCAAGAUAUCAACCUGAAUUCUCCUAACAAAGGUCUGCUGUCCGACUCCAUGACAGAUGUCCCUGUCGACACCGCGGUGGCCGCCCAGACUCCUGCUGUUGAGGGUCUGACGGAGGCUGAGGAGGAGGAGCUUAGGGCUGAGCUCGCAAAGGUGGAAGAGGAAAUUGUCACUCUGCGCCAGGUCCUGGCAGCCAAGGAGAGGCACUGUGGAGAGCUGAAAAGGAAGCUGGGCCUCUCCGCCUUGGAGGGCCUGAAACAGAACCUGUCCAGGAGCUGGCGUGAUGUGCAGGUCUCUACCGCCUAUAUGAAAACCUCUGAGAAACUUGGCGAGUGGAAUGAGAAAGUGACCCAGUCAGACCUCUACAAGAAGACUCAGGAAACUUUCUCUCAGGCGGGACAGAAGACGUCCGCUGCCCUGUCCACUGUGGGCUCUGCCAUCAGCAGAAAGCUCGGAGAUAUGAGGAAUUCUGCGACCUUUAAGUCCUUUGAAGACCGAGUUGGGACCAUAAAGUCUAAGGUUGUAGGUGGCAGAGAGAAUGGCAGUGACCACCUUCCCUCCCCGACGGGGAGUGAUGACAAGCCCCUGCCCGACCACACGCCCUUCUAAGCCCGUCGCAGCUUUGCCCAGCCUCGGAGCACGUGCAGGCCCACCCGUCAUCACCACAACCGCACCUCUGCAGCGGGACAGCCGGCCAGGCCGUGGGCGAGCGUGCAGAGCUGGUUUUGAGGACAGUCGUGCCGUUCACACGUGGACCUGGCUGCUGCGCUCGCAUGAGAGAACACAGUUUUGUACGCAGAUGCUUUACACUGAAGUUGGUAGACGCAGGACCACUGUGCCGUCCGUCCUGGGCUGCAGGGGUGGACAGGGCAGUGGGCCCUUUGGGAAUCUGGUGGGUUCAUGAGAACGUGGAAGGGACGGGAGAGUGAUACGCGUAAAAUAAGUGGUAUUUCCUAAAACCUCUCCUUCCCUAAGUUCCAGAAGGAAUGUACAGAAGGAAGAUUCAUCCAGAGAGUCCUACCUGAUCCUCAGUUUUUAUUUCAAACGCUAAACAAGAAAACUGUGCAUUUUCUGAAACCCUCCAGAAAAGAAACUGGUUAUCAGCAACUGCCUAAUUGUUACACUAAUGAUCUAGCUUUAACGAAAGCAAAUUCUUUAUUUUUUAAAUGCAGCGAAUUUUUCAAAAAUUAAAGCUAAGCGAAGCUUUAGUCUCAUAGUUAGGAAACAUUAUUUCUUUGGACUCCAGCUGAAAUACAAGCCUUACAUCGCCUUAUGCUUUGUUUGUUUAUAAUGUUUUUAUAUGUAAAAAUAAGGGUUCUUUAGUGGGUUUUGACACUGUGUAGACUUUGGCAUCUAGCUUGAGGGUGGCCUGGCCCAUUGGUGUGUUUUAUUUCACUGAUGGGCUCCAUCCAGCAUAUGAAGCUUGCUUCUCUCUCCUCUCAAGGACUGGGACAGCUGCUGGCCAGAGGGCUCCUGGGCCUCCCUGGGGCAGGAUGCGGGGCAGGAGAAAGAAAAGCAAGCCCCCCGCCCCUCCCCCCCCUUCCCCCAAUGGCUGAUGCAUUCAUUACUGGCCAUCUGUAUGCAUCGGGAUGCAUUACUGCAUUCAUCGGCUCCAACCCACCCGUCUGCCCCACACGGGGGCUGAGUGAGGAGCAGGUGGGCUGCACAGAGGUCACCUGGAGCUCUGCUGUUGCCUUUUCUCAGGAGCUACACAGAUCUCAUUCCUGUUUUGAAGCUGCCACACCCCAGCAGUCUCUCGGGGCCCCACUUGGGGGGUGUGUCUGCAGGGGCAGCUCUGUGCCUUACUGGCUGGCUCUCAGCAGGCAGAGACGUCCCCUGUGCGUGCAUCUGUGUGCUCGCUGCAGGGAGCAGCCGUGCCCUCGGGCUGUGUCCUGGCAGACCGUGCUGUGCUCCCUGGUACCCUGAGUGCUGCUCACUUCAGACACCCUGGGGCGGGGGGGCUGUCGUCCGUGCCUGUGCCAUGGGAAGAACACCGUUGGGGUUUUUUUCUCCAGGGUUAGAAUCUCAGAUGGGGUGUGGUGAGAAGGCAGGAUUCAAGCGUAGGAACAUUUAUCUUUUCCUCGAGGAAAUAAUGGGUAAUUUGUCAAUAAAGCAUUCCUUUGGGGAAGAACCUA